CUGCAUCCCAGCAUCUCCUAAGGACACAGACGGGAAGUCCCUCCUCCCUCACUGCUUCGUCCCUCCUGUUGCAGCCCUGAGCCGGCACCAAGGCUUGGAAGGAGGCUAUGCUCUUCCUCCCCUCUGGGCAGGACCCUCCCCUCUGGCUUGGGUCCUGAAGUAUUUCCUGAGCCAGGGUGUCAGACCCCAGCCUCCGAUUCUUCUUCCUCUGGGCUCCCAGCUCUGACCCCCCAGUGGGUGGCGGGCGUGCGGGGGCCGCCCUUGCCACGUCUCCGAGCUAAAUAUACCCCAGCAGUUUGCACAUGUAGCAACUCUGCUUGUAACCUGAGCCCCCGGGGGAACGGGCAGUUUGGGCCACCCCCUAGGCCAGCAGGCCCGGGCACCGAGGGCGCCGGGAUGGAGGCGCCCAGUCGGACCCUCGUGGCGGGCUCAGCGGAGUCCUAUACCAGCCGCCCAUCGGACUCUGAUGUGUCCCUGGAGGAAGACCGAGAAGCCUUAAGGAAGGAGGCAGAGCGCCAGGCACUGGCCCAGCUCGAGAAAGCCAAGACUAAGCCUGUGGCUUUUGCUGUGCGGACAAACGUGGGCUACAAUCCGUCUCCGGGGGACGAGGUGCCCGUGCAGGGCGUGGCCAUCACCUUCGAGCCCAAGGACUUCCUGCACAUCAAGGAGAAAUACAAUAACGACUGGUGGAUCGGGCGGCUGGUGAAGGAGGGCUGUGAGGUGGGCUUCAUCCCCAGCCCCGUCAAGCUGGACAGCCUGCGGCUGCUGCAGGAGCAGAAACUGCGCCAGAACCGCCUCAGCUCCAGCAAAUCAGGUGACAACUCGAGUUCCAGUCUGGGAGACGUGGUGACUGGCACCCGCCGCCCCACACCCCCUGCCAGUGGUAAUGAGAUGACUAACUUAGCCUUUGAACUAGACCCCCUAGAGUUAGAGGAGGACGAGGCAGAGCUGGGGGAGCACAGCGGCUCCGCCAAGACUAGCGUUAGCAGUGUCACCACCCCGCCACCCCACGGCAAGCGCAUCCCCUUCUUUAAGAAGACAGAGCACGUGCCCCCCUACGACGUGGUGCCUUCCAUGAGGCCCAUCAUCCUGGUGGGACCGUCGCUCAAGGGCUACGAGGUCACAGACAUGAUGCAGAAAGCUCUGUUCGACUUCCUGAAGCAUCGGUUUGAUGGCAGGAUCUCCAUCACCCGGGUGACAGCCGACAUCUCCCUGGCCAAGCGCUCUGUCCUCAACAACCCCAGCAAGCAUGUCAUCAUCGAGCGCUCCAACACGCGCUCCAGCCUGGCCGAGGUGCAGAGCGAGAUCGAGCGGAUCUUCGAGCUGGCCCGGACCCUGCAGCUGGUUGCCCUGGAUGCAGACACCAUCAACCACCCAGCCCAGCUCUCCAAGACCUCGCUGGCGCCCAUCAUUGUUUACAUCAAGAUCACCUCUCCCAAGGUCCUCCAGAGACUCAUCAAAUCCCGAGGGAAGUCUCAGUCUAAACACCUCAACGUCCAGAUUGCUGCCUCAGAGAAGUUGGCCCAGUGUCCCCCAGAAAUGUUUGACAUCAUCCUGGACGAGAACCAAUUGGAGGACGCUUGCGAGCACCUAGCCGAGUACUUGGAAGCCUAUUGGAAGGCCACGCAUCCUCCCAGCAGCACGCCGCCCAAUCCGCUGCUGAACCGCACCAUGGCUACGGCAGCGUUAGCUGCCAGCCCCGCCCCCGUCUCCAACCUCCAGGGACCCUACCUUGCUUCUGGGGACCAGCCGCUGGAGCGGGCCACGGGGGAGCACGCCAGUGUGUGCGAGUACCCAGGGGAACCGGGCCAGCCCCCGGGCCGCCACCCCCCAGGCAGGGCGGGCACCGUUCGGGCGCUGUCCCGCCAAGACACCUUUGACGCCGAGACCCCUGGCAGCCGAAACUCGGCCUACACAGAGCCGGGAGACUCAUGCGUGGACAUGGAGACGGACCCCUCUGAGGGCCCAGGGCCCGGGGACCCCGCGGGGGGCGGCACCCCGCCCGUGCACCAGGGCUCCUGGGAGGAGGAGGAGGAGGAGGACUACGGGGAGGAUCUGCCCGACAACCGAGGCCGCGCUGGGAGCAAGGCCCGCUACUGCGCCGAGGGUGGGGGCCCGGUCCUGGGGCGCAACAAGAACGAGCUGGAGGGCUGGGGCCGGGGCGUCUACAUCCGCUGAGGGGGGAGCACGUGGGAGGGAGGGACGGGGGCUCCUAUGGGCGGGCCUUGCCUCCGGAGGCCGCAGUCAUCGCCCACUUUUAGAUGCCUUUCCUCGGUGUUGGAGUUUUUGGGGGUACCCGCCUGGCUCCUGGGCACCCCUUAAACCCCAGCUGUGGGGUUUCCUUAUCUGCUGAGGAGGAAUGGGGAUACCCUCCUUUUUGAAGUGUCCCCCUUUUUCCCAUCCCCAAGAGAAAAGGUGCACUUCUAACUUUCUACUCCGGGCUGUAAGUGAAAGUCCCAACCGGGGUGGCCCUGCUUUCCCAGCCUGGGGAUCGGCCGUCCUUCCUGGAGAGAGCGGCCAUAGACUCAUCCUCAGACCCAGACCCGCCCCCGCCCUGCUUCCCGGCAGCGUUGUCCUGUGCAUGAAAGCUACAGCUAGGGAGGCUGGGAGGGUCCCGAGCCUCGGAUGCGGCCUCUCCUUCCUGGCCGGGGCGGCGCCCAGCCCUAGCAGCUGAGUAGAGCGCCUGGAAACGCUGCUCCCCACCCCACCUUCGCCUCAGCCUCGCCCACCCAGGAAUGAGCUUUGCCCCCAACCUCCCGCCUGCUGCCAUCCGACCAGGGGGGCCCUCUGCAUCUGAGCCCCCCAUCUCCGUGCCACCUGGGUGUGGAGACCUCAUUCUAAACCAAAAAAAACGAGUCCUUCACCUUCACCUUGAGGCCCCAGGGGUGGCGUGGUGCCCAAGGGGUGACCCCGCCCCGGGGGUUGUCCAGGGACCUCGGAUCUCCCGGGGAGCUUAGCUGCUGCUGCUGCUGCUGCUGCUUCUCUGUGUUUGCCUCUUGUACUCCUGUCCUUCCCUGUGCCCACUUCCCCCAGGAGCGGCCUUGGUGGCCCCCCACCCCUGGGGUACCCUUGGCCUCAGCAUCCCCAGAGGCCAGCAGCCCUGCCCCUCCCCAGCACCCCAGCUGGGCCAGAGAGAGCCGAUUGUGCCAACGAGGACUGGGCCCUGCCCGGCUGCCCACCUCAGGGAUGGGCACCUCAUGCCUGUCUCGCCACCUCCUGUGCCAAUGUUGCCCCUCCCCCAUCGGGGCGGGGUGCACCUUCCACUUCCUGUUUAGAAGACUCCUUUGCCCAGUCCCGCCCGGCCCCAUCUGGUGUCCUGUGGCCCCUCUGUCUGUCUUCUUGUCUGUACUCCACCAGAAGUAUUUUGCCACAUAUAAAACCGCCGUCCUGUCCUUCGCGGCCACCUUA